CCUCUGUCUGUCUGCCUGUCUGUCUGUCUGUCUGUCUGUCUGUCUCUCCCUCUCUCUCUCUCCUUCCCUCUCUCUUUCCCUCCCUCCUCUGUAUUCCUGCUCCCUCCCCCUGACCAGUGGAGAAGAGGGAGAUGAACCUGAGUGAGUGUGUGAGAGAGAGGAGUGUUUUAAAGCAGUGUGCCGGGCAGAGCAGAGCAGACACUCAUAGCUGGCCAGCGCUGAGGGGGAAUACUAUACCGGAGCUCGAGAGGUGAACUUAGGUAUGGGUUACUACUAUCUCUCUCUCUCUCUCUCUCUCUCUCUCUCAGACACGCACACACACCAUACACUCACUGAAACUAAGUUACAAUUACCUCACUGGUUUAAUUCACAACAGCCUUGUCACAUGCCUGGCUUCGACACAGAUUGUGUCAUUUUACUUUUCUACUGAUUUACUUCACUUCUUUUAGAGUCUGUCAUGUUUGAAUAGUGUUUGUUGUUUGAUAGACAUCAGUAUUGUCAUUCAGAGCAGGCUUAUAAAUAUGAGCUUUGACUCCGCAGGAUAGAGGAUACCCUGAGGGACCUCCUGGGAUGAAUGGGAUCUGAAAGGUUCAACUGCAGCUGACAAGACUGACUUCUCCCCAAUCUCCAUUCAAAGUGCAUGUGUCUGGGACACUCAGUCAGGAGGAGUAGUGUGGAGGGAGUUAACCCAGAGAGUGCAUAGAAGACCCAGUGAGGAACACAGGGACUGGAGGCAGUGGAGCAGAGAUGGACGCAGGUCCUCUGACAGCCGUGGGAGAGGGCUCCUCUCCGGAGGGCGAGACGGUGUGCACUGCGCUCGCCCGCUAUGAGGCCACACUGAGAGAUGCCGUGCGUGAGAUCCACGUGGACGUGAGCACCUUCAAGCAGGGUGUGGAGCGCCGUCUGGAGGAGGUGACGGCCCACUCCAGCGAGGACCCCCUAGGCCGGGCUGUGGCCCAGCUGCAGCAGGAGAACCGGCAGCUCCGGAGCCAGCUGGAGGCCCUUACCCGACAGGUAGAGCUCCUCACUGGGACUGUGUGCGACAGAGGCACCCUGAUGACUAACAACAACAACAACCACCAGCACCAGCUACCGUCCAUCCAGGCCCAGACACACAGCAGCAGCCAGCAAAGGGUGAGCCCCCAGUCCCCCUCCACCUCCCCCACCAGCCCUGCUGGUGGCCCCAGCAUGGGAGCCCUGACCGGGUCAGCCUCGGGCUCGGCCUCCAGCCCCACUGCCACCCGCUUCUCCAGCCGAGCUACCUUCGCUGUGUCCAGCAAGACUAAUGUGAGUAGCCUUAUACACUGGAGAGACUGGGUUGGGGACAUAGAGAUACAUUAGAGCAGUAGACUAUGUCAUGAACCUCCAGAACUCUAGAAUGGGAUGAUAAUGGCAGCCAUCUUGGUCAGGGAUAAAUUAAAGUGUUGUAUUUAGUUAUGUAGUGGUGACUGUAUGUGGCUCUGAGAGACUGUCAAGAUUGUACAAUGAUUCAUCCAGAAUAUAUGGGGGUAUGGGGGUUGAACAGACUUUCUUGGCCACUUCACAGGGAUGAUGUCAGAGCUUUGACAGCGGUGGGGAAACUCGGUCAUAUUCAACGUAAUAUUUAGACACGCGAGCAGAGUAGAUACCAGAUGAAAGCAAUCAGGAUCAUUUACCAUCAUUGAACAUUUUGGUAGAAAUAAUUGCUUAUUCUAAUGUCCGUCCAAUCUCUGCAGUCUGAGAAAUAAGCUGUUCUUUUAGCACUUGAGCUCUCUGUCCUGAGAGUGAUAGAACAUGUGAAGAGUCUCUCUUUCUCUCCUGCUCCCUUUAUCUCUCUCUCUGUGAUGAAUGGUUAUUUUGCACUCAUAUACUGCUAUUAUGCUGCUGACAACAUCUUGCUCAUGAAUCUUCUCCCACUAUUCUCUUUGUUGAGUGGCACCACAGCUUGCGCAACAUUUUGAAUGGAUUCAAUCGUGUCCUUCAGUUUUACUAGUAACAAAUAUAAACACAGUACAUUGUUUCUCACUUACCCCUAUCCACACUGUCAUUGGGAUAUUUGAAUAAUAUGUGUGGGACUGAAAGACAAACAAGCGUACUUUGUUACAGUUGAUGAAAAGCUAAGAAUGUCGUAGUUUGUCAGUUCUAAGGUAGAGCACAGUUUGGGUGGGAACUCAGUGAUAAGUCUGGGAAAGUCAUUGUCUUAGUUCUUAGUGUACAGUAAACCACAGUAGUGUCUGUUUCAAAAGUCAGAGGUUUCUCUUGACUGUAUCCCAACACAAGGCCCUAAGGCUAUGCUGUUUUGGAAACUACAACGGUUAUGUUAAUCCUUUAUAAGGUCAAUAUUCCGAUUUUCACUUUAUUUGAUUCAGAGUCUUUCCUCUCAGCUCUGAGGUCCUUUGUUGUUUCUUGGUUGUAAACUCACAGCUGUUUUCUGUAGCAAACUAAGCCUUGACAGUCUGGCAUGGAUGUUGACUGUUAGCUGUGACUGCUCACACAUAGCCAUAGACACAACAAACACACACACGUACACAUGUGCAUACACACACACACACACACACACACGCACACGCACACAGCAUGUAUGCAAAUGACUGAUGUCAUACACCUCAUCUUUAAAAAAGUAUGUGGUAAAGCAUCUGAUGAUUCUCAUCUGAUGUAAAUAUGUAGGUUAGUAUAAAACAGAGAUCCUUUGUUUCUACUAAUAGAUUGUUGGAGAUCCCCUUUUUGUGGCCAAAACUUUUUUCUCCAAAUUACCAAACAACCAGACAGAGAUUGGAUCAUAAUACUGUAGAAAACUAAUGUGAGUUCCUUAUCUAUUGAUCCAAUGCCAAUCAAUUAAUUGGUUUGUGUGCGUGUGUGCGUGUGUCUGUAAAUCUAUUCUAGUGAAUAUUUACAGGUACCCGGAACUCAACAGGGAAACGCUAUGCUAAUCAGAUUUCCCCUACAGCCACAUCUACACCUUUCAGCCUCAAUGGCCAUGUCUACACUUGACACUUACAUGCGUCUUCUACUAUCAGAGUACAAAGAUCGCAUUGAAAAGACAGGUGUAGACGCACAAAAGUCGCAUUGUGGUCGGAUUGUGUUCAGAUCUCCCUAACCACCUCAGGAGGUGGUCAGGGACGCAUUGUGUGCGGAUUUUUCCUCAGUCUGGACGCAAUCAGGCUACCGAAAGCGCAUACAGUGGGCGAAGUCAUCAGCUCUCCAGAAAAUGUGUGUUUUGGGAGUGAGAGGCACCUUUUUUCAUUAAACGUUGGAGGAAAUACAUUCCUAGCGUGUGAGGAACGUGUUUGCUGGCCUCAUAAAUGCUAGCCAGCUAGCUUAUUUAGAAAAACUAUUUUUUGUUUGGCUAGAGUUAUGCUAACAUGUUUGCAAUCCCUUUAGCUUUGCUAGUUAGCUUGCUUGCUAGUUUCAGAGGUUAGCUGGCUAGUUAGCUGGCUAGUAGUUGGCUAUUGCCAUCAAGUUGUUAUUGUGUUAUCAGAUGUAGCCUGUUCCACUGUUUGCAGAAUGCAUACUGCAUUUAAAUAUAGCCCGGGAAAAGGGAAUCCGGACACAAUGUGGACACAGUAGACACAUUUAAAUGUAGUUGUAGACGUGUUCGGAAUUCCAUGAUCAGAAUACAAAAACUGCAUUAACUGUCAAGUCUAGACACGGCCAAUGAGAGUACAGAGACUGUAUGUUGGCCUCAUAAAGUCCGAUGGGCUGUUUCAGCAGGUCUGAGGGAGGGAGCUGAUUGCGCUGGGGACCUCCAGGCACAUCUGAAGAUGGCUUUGCAGCCCUGGAGUUAACCGUCGCCUCACUGAAAGAGCACAGCCAAUUGGGAUGUGUGCGGGCCUGCCCUGGGCCUGAACUUUCACUAUAGGCUUGCUUACAGAACAUCUCCACCCCUGCUCGACUGUGCCUUGGACACCUGACAUUCUGAUGCAGAUAUGCGUCUCUCUCUCUCUCUCUCUCUCUCUCUUCUCCUCUCAAUCUCUUUUAUUUUAUUUUUUUCUCUUUAACUUCCCACCUCUCACUCCCUCCCUCCCUCUCUUUCUCUCUCUUUUUUACCCCUCCUCCUCCUCAUCCUCCUCCUCCUUCCCAUCCUCCACGGCUACCUACGUCAGUCAGUCUGUCCGGUCUCUGCCGAGGAGUCACACAAUGCUGCCUGUUGCCAAUUACUCCAACAUAGCUGCGGUCUCAAAGGGCUAUUGUGUCGACAUUCUGCCUCAUUUGAAGUACAUUGACUGAGGAGGGGAUUAGACGAGAGGGUCACCCAGGACCCAGCCAUCCCGAGACUCCACACUCCCUCUUCCACUCCUCCAUUCCCUACUCUCACAGACCUCCUCUUCACAUCUGCUCCCUUGUAGCGUGCGGUAGAAUUCACUCAAGUACACUCACACACAGGCAUGCUUUCUCAGACAGACCACACCUGCACACCUCAAACCUAACGUUUGCUACAUUCCUCAGUGUAUUCAAGUUGAGGAGAGAGAGGCUGUGCCCUAUUAGAAGAUGAACUGGAUAGAAUCCACCCACAAUGUUAUCUUUGACAGUUAGCGUAACUACAAAACACAGGACCACAGUGUGAAUCCUUAGGUCCCUCACUGUCCUGCCGUGUCCCUGCCCUGGGCUGGGUUGUGUUCAUGUGGGCUGUGUGUGUGUGUGUGUGCAUGCCUGGGUGCAUGCGUGUGUGUCUUCUCUCAGACAAAGGCAUCUCUAGGCCAUGUGGACCGACUGGAAGGGAAGGAUAAGAUGUGUGUGUGAGACUUGAUCAGUGGAAACUCCGUCAGAGCACGCUCACACUGUCACCGUGAGCAAACACAAACACUCACCGCGCACACACAAACAACCCCCACUGCGUCCUGCCCUCAACACACCUCCAAUGGUAGGAUCCCAUAACAUACACUACGCACACACAUACUGUCAGACAAUACACACUGAGAGGACUUCUAAAGAGGAGCAGAGUACUCUAAAGUUCUAUUAUCAGGACCCCUAAAAUCAGCUAAAAGCUAAUAGCCAAUCCUCCCUGUCACUGCUACACGUAAAAUCCCUGUCAUACUCGCACACACAAUACACCACCAUCAUAUACUCUCUCCACUCCCUACAAUACAGGACCCACACUCCCACUAUUAACAUUACUCAACCUCUGUCUUCUGCACUUCUUCUCAAACAUGCAAUUACAGAUUGCUUGGUUUACCUUGCAGUGCCGUGGGGGGUGUGUUUUCGUUCACUGUAUAGUAUAGUCUAAUGGAUAGAUUGUAUGAAGUGGGAAAAAGCACUGAUCCUGCUCCAAACCAAAUGACUAUUUGUGAUCACUGGCUCACAAUGUGCACGUAUACACGCAGACACACACACGUAGGUUGUGCGAGCACGCACACACACGCACAUGCACACAACCCCUCCCUCUCCCCACACACACACCCACGAACACAGAGCUCUCCAUUGUUUUUAUCACUCUAGCGGAUGGUCCAACACAUGCCUCAGGAGUCAGAUCAUCUCCAUCUGGUUCUCUGUCCUCCAUGAUCAUUUAUCCAACCAGAGGCUAUUCGUAAUCCCUGACAACAUUCUUCCAUGGUGCCCAGAGGAAUGCAUCUUAAUCUCACAUCUCACACUCCUCAGAUCUAUAUUUAGUGCUUGUUGUUCUCCUGAUGAAGAUCUGUGGCCAACCACAGGAGGUUGGUGGCACCUUAAUUGGGGAGGAUGGUAUGGCAUCAUUGGCCCCUUCUUGCCCCAGCACCAGAUCUCUCCACUCGGGCCUUUGAAGGCGAGAAACAUAAUGGGAGCAACUCAGCAACAUCAAACAGCUCCACCUCAGCUUCGUUUCACUAUUAAAAUGGUCACAUUCUCAGACAAUGUCUUGUGAACUUAAUUAGAAUGGUGUAUGCCUUCUGCUUUACGUGCCAGAGUUGGAAGAGCACUUCAAAUCUUUUUUUGUGUGAGUGUGUGUGUACGUGUAUGCGUGUGUGUGCAUGUGUGUGUCUGUGUGCGUCCAAGCCUGUGUGUGUGUGUGCAUGUGUGUGUGUGUCUGUGUGUAUCCCCAUGAUAAAUACGCUUGACAUUUCCAGCACACCCACAGAGACUCCCCUCACAAAUUCAUAGCUCUCUCACAAUGGAGCAAGGUCUUUUAUUCUCUGCCUGUCUGUGUGUCCCCUGCCUGGGCCAGGCCAUCCAGCCAUCCAGCCCAGAACUCCAGAUUCCUGGCACAAACCCCUCAGCAUGGCUAUUAAUACAGUGGAGCUCAGCCUGAGAGACAUACCCAGGGAGGGAGAGAGAGCUUGAGAGAGAGCUUGAGAGAGAGCUUGAGAGAGAGCGAGAGAGCGAGAGAGCGAGAGAGAGAGAGAGAGAGAGAGAGAGAGAGAGAGAGAGAGAGAGAGAGAGAGAGAGAGAGGCCAGGGUCAGGGGUGAAGGGGGCUUGAGAGAGGCAUGCGAGCCGGGCUGGGCUGGCUGGCCGCUCCCCUCCCCUCCCAGGCUGCCCCUGGCUCUCCUAAUUACUUCCAUACAAUGCCCUGUAUUUCCAUCGCCGUGGUUACAGGUUAAUAAUUCACUGUUUAGUGGAUGACCUCACCGCCCUCUACGUUCAUUGUUCUAGAGGGCCCUGGGUCCAGUAGGUAGAGAGAGAGAGGGAGGGAGGAAGGUAUUUAUUAUAUAUAUUCUAAUUGUACGUUUUACAUUUUCCAAACAGACAGACAAUAACAGAAAACAUAUUAGUGUUUAUAUUAGACUUGUGUGCACUUGUUUGACUCAACGCUUUUCAUGCAGCCAUACUGUAUGGACUAGAGAGGGUGUGCUGUUUUUGGUGAGCGUCAGAUCGGAGCAUGUGUCCUAUCACCUCUAAUUUAGCUGAUUGAAUCAUCAGACAGUUAAAUCAUAUCACCAGGUUUUAUUGAUUUGUUUUGGUGUUGGGAGGCUAGUAUACCGAUGUCUUCCACAGCUGGUGCCUUGUAACCCGAGAGCAGUCUACAAUACCUCUUAGAUCUUGGAGAUGUCGGAGUUCUUAGGUGCCAACUGCUGUGCUGUCCUGGGGAGUCGGUCCUAUCUCCCUUCCCUUACCCCCUCCCUCCCCGUUCCCUUACCCCAGGGCAUUCUGAACUUUAUGUCAGACCCCCUGACCUUUCCGUAGCCAUCAGGAGAGACGAAGAGGGGGACAGACAGGAUAGGAGAGACAGUGUGUCCCAAAAUGCUGCUCAAGUCAUCAUCACACUCUCUCACUGCAAAUAAUGCAAAAUGCGGUCACACACUCUCAAUCUUACAUGGCCUUCCGCAUCACACACACACACACAACCUACAUGUCUUUCUGCGGCACACUAACAUUGCCACAUGCAUCACACUCUCAAUGGUACAUGGUCUUCCGUGACAUCCAGCCCCUGACCGGAACAUAAGGUUAUCUUAUCUGUAUAUCUAUUCUUAACCUUUGACAGCAUUUUAUGCACCCUGCCUUGUGACUGAAACCCUGGAAAAUCACAGUAACAGAGGAGAGAUCCAGAAGCAGGUUUAGAGGGGGAUUAGAGGAGGGAGGCUUGCUGACGCACUUGAGAAGGGUAUGCGUGUCCAGUUAGUUUAAUACAAGGGCCUGUGUGUGAGUGUGUGAGUGUGUGAGUGCGUGCGCACGUGUGUGUGUGUGCUCGACCAAACAGCCUCGCUCCCACACACACCCAUCAGAUAAGGCAGGGGCCCCUGUAGUCAGGUGAUGUAAAAAAAGUGUUCAAAGGGCCCCCUCCAUUUCUGUAGGACCAAGGCGCCGACCUGGGCCUCCCUGCUAAUUGCAGGCUUUGUGGGUUUUUUGAGGAACAGGUGGUUUUGUGUGUGUCUCCCUCCAUGAGGACUUCCCUGUUCCUGUGUGCAAAUCACAGAGCAAAGACCCCUUUAGAGACCCAUGAUGAGAGGCCACAUUAUAACUGUACUGCCUGCUUGCUCUCAGGGCUCUGAAUAGCUCUGAUGUGUGUUUGUGUGUGUGUGUGUGUGUGUGUGUGUGUGUGUGUGUGUGUGUGUGUGUGUGUGUGUGUGUGUGUGUGUGUGUGUGUGCGCGUGUGUGUGUGUGUGUGUGUGUGUGUGUGUGUGUGUGUGUGCACGUGUGUGUGUGUGUGUGUGUGUGUGUGUGUGUGUGUGUGUGUGUGUGUGUGUGUGUGUGUGUGUGUGUGUGUGUGUGUGUGUGUGUGUGUGUGUGUGUUGUGCUUGUGUGUGUUGGUGUUGUUGUUGUUCAUUUGACUUUACAAGGGGGUGCAGAGUUAGUUAAAUAUGUGAUAAUGUACUGUACACGCCUGGAUGAGGAAUGUACCUUUUAGUCACAAUAUAUUUAUUUCCCUCUAAUUGUCUUAUUAAAUUAUCAUGAUGGCACAUUGAAAGCAUGUGUUUGCAUGCUGUUUACCAUAGUCUACAAUAGUAUUGUUUAUACAUAGAUAUUUCCUUAUAUUGUGUUUGUUUGUGUGUUUGUUGUGGAAAUGGUAACUGAGACAGCUAUGUUGUGAAGCAUUCAUAGAACAACAUCCUGUGUUGGAAAGGAUUUUUAUGUGAUCAAUGGAAAAUGUGAAUAUUCCUAUUAGUGAAGCUUAUUGUAUGGCAGGGUGUUGUUGUCCAUAAGAGCUGGCUAUCUUUGUUUCUGUGCCCAAAAUCCUGAGUGACACAUACUGUCAUACCCCCACCCCACUCAACUCCCAAAGCCCAGUGUUCUCUCACAACAAGCCUUCAUUGUGUUCACGUUCCAUUCCACAACCACUCAAGGUUCCAAGAAUGUCAAAUGUCAUCCCGAGAAACAGGCUUGAAUAUCCUCUCAUAUAAUCAUAACCAACUCCAUCCCAACUGGAAUUCCCCUAGCUAACACGCUUUAUUGAAAUGUCACAAAGUUAGGUGCCAUGACAUGUCAGCCUUAUAAUACACUGCACCCCUUCAAUGAAACUUCAUUGAAACUGCAAGACUCGCAAUAUAACAAUCCACAUAGAUUAUCUUGUGUUUCGCAUCAAUAUUUCUAUGGCACGUUGCCAGGUGGGAAAAAUUCCCACUCAUUGCAUUCUUGGCCAAGGUCACAUGGGACAGCUGUGAUAUUUACACACAUAUGAAAUAGCCAUGUGCCUGGGAGAACCCACGGUCCCACUCUACCCCACUCUACCACCACCACCCAUUGUCCAACUCUACCCAACUCUACCCCACUCUACUACCACCACCAGUUAGCAUCUGUAUUAGUCUAAUACCUUUGAAUACCGUGUCGGCCCUGAUGCUUUGUGUCCGCACUAUGCUGAACCAGGUCAGGGAGGGAGGGAGGGAGAGAGAGGAGAGGGAGAGAGGGAGAGUGAGAGAGAUGCAGAGGUAUUGUAGCUUUUAGGAGUGGGGUUACAGUGCUGCUGUGUGGGGCUUAAUGGGGAGAUUCUAAGGUAGUUAUCCUCUCUCAGGUCAGGUGUGCCUCCCUAGGGAGAAGUGACAGUGGAGGCUCCUAUAAUGGCCACAUUGUUGAUCCAGUGUGCCCAGUAACACUGCUUCUAAGACAAUAAAGACGUAGAAACUGAGAAACUGAACACACAGGACAGGGGAUUUCAUCUUUGAUCCAGCCCUGCAGGCUAAGACUGACCCCCCCCCCCCCCCCUCCUCUCUCUUGUGAGUCAGUGUAGCAGACUGAGGGCUUUUCCACAUUUCCUACUUAAUUUCACGAUUUCCUCCAAAUAUUUUAUAGUUCCCCACUGAUAAUUCGAUGACGCACUCUCAGGAACCGGGGGAUUUGCUGUUCCAGGAAGGCGGAGAGAGGGGCUUUUGUGUGCUCCUGCCUGUGUUGUGUGGAGAAUUGGUGCGUGUGCGUUUGCGUGCAUGGGUGCGUGCGUGGGUGUUGCUCUGUGGGGUGUGCCUUGAUUCCUGGUCAUCCUCUUAAAUAUAGCAUUGUAUCUGGGCAGCUGAUGACAGCAGAGCUGACUGCACACACUAGGUUGAGCUCUACACUGUUUUAUCGUUGUCUGAAAUGCACAAUAGAGAUGAUUUGAAAAGUGCCUUCCUUUCGUUCUCAAUACAGUUCAGCUGCAGAACUAUUUCUGAGAUCCGAGAUCAGAUUAAACAUAGGCGGUGGUACCCUCUACGUUCAACUGUUUUUAUCCAAAAAGAUUUGCCUACUUUUAUCUUCAGGCCCAGAGCAACACAGUCUCACACACGUGUCUGGUGGCCCAUUCGGACAGGAGGAGAAGCAUGACUUAGUACAGAAAGUUUCCAUGGCUGGGACACACCAAGCCAGGAGGAGCUUUGGGUUUCAGCCAGAGCAUCAUGGUUGAGCCGGGGAAAAUUUGUCUCCCCCAUCACCUUCUCCCAGUGGGACAGCCAGCUGUUCCCAGCUCCCUGCUCCCCUCGGCCCUCCUAAUGCAGUAACACACACACAACCCAGCAGCAGCAGCAUUCCUCUCUGCUGAAGUCACCUUGCUCCUCUCUCCCCUACAGCUCAAUUACUUACUUCAUUUUCACUGGGAGGAAUGUACCCUUUCUUUGAUAAUAACUGUAUAUAACAACUUGUAUUGAAUGUGUGUGUGCGUGUGUGUGUGUGCUUGCGUGCAUACGUGUGUGUGUGAGUAUGUGUGAGAGAGAGAAAGAGCAAGAAAGAGCAAGACAGAAACAUGACACAUCCUCCACAGACAAAUCACACAGCCCUCAGUCACUUCCUGGUUGUCUUCCUGAAAGGCUCCUCUGUGGAUUGGCUGGUUAGUCAGGAACACAGUGUACUGAGCGCCAGUCACUUACUAACGAAAGUAAUAGAUGUUGUGUAGUAGUAACGUUGUGGGAGGAUUUAAUGAGAUAAAAAUGGAAAGAAAUGUGCCUUGGCCAUGGAUGCCAUUAAUGGGAACUUGAAACAUGUCAGCACUCUGAAAUGACUUGAUCUGAUGAUGUCUCAGAUAACGUGCAUAUUUCGUAAUCCAAAAGUUAUUCACAUGUUUAAAUGGCCUGUCAUCAAAAUAUUGUUGUUGAAGAUAUUGUGACACCGGAGUACUGUGGGAGGUGUUCAGGUGAUUUUCUCUUUGUCUCCUGUAGAGUAUUGAACGUGAGGAGCCAAUAGAGGUGGAUCCAGCCCCUGUAUCCCCUGGACUGGAGAAUGGACACUCUACUGACCCAGGUAAUGGCUGUUCUAAUCUACCAUCUCAGCUACAGUAGAAAUACAGCCAUACUUACCAUCCAUGUACUGUAUGAGGGGAUUUAUUUUCUCAAUGCUUAUCCAAUCAGAAAACUCGACAGUGUCACAUGGAAAGAGCUCGCAAGCCAAUAACAACGUCCCUCAUGAAAGCACGGCCCCUAUUGCCAUGCGGAUGCCACACCUACCCAUCACCGCCACAACCAAAACGGCUGACCCCUCAGUUAUGAAGAACGAGUCUCCCACCAGUCCUGUACGCUCUCAGCCCUCGUCUGUAUCAGAGCCUACUGACAACAACCAGCCUCAAGCCAUCCCAGAAUCCCCCAUUCAACCAGGUAAGAGGGACCAGACAUCAGCUAAAAGCUGUCCAGACCAAAUAUUUGAACUCUCGACUUCCAUAUCCUUCUAUGGUUCUUCUGCUCCGUAAUAUCCUUUGUUACACUCUUUGUCUUUUUGUUGUUCAGUGUCUUCUAUGAAGACAUGGACCCCCAGUCUCAGCCGAGGUCUGGGCUCUCCUCGACUGUCAGGUAAGAGGAUAUCUAUCAAGUCAGGCUUGUUACUAAAACUGGAACUAACCAGACUCACACAAUGUUUUAUCCCCACAGUUUCCUUAUAUGUUCUUUGAUUUGUCAUUUGCAGAAAAGUCCUUGUCUGCUCCCCCGAAGUCAGUGACUUACUCUGGCCUCAUCCAACACAACACAGACAGGUGAGUGUCACGAACCGGCUCAAAGUUCGUAACAAAAGGGAGACAAUGUGGAGACAAGGAAUACCAAAAUAUAUAUUUAUUAACUAAAGUAAACUAAGUACAAUUAACAAUGGUGAGUGUAAUCAGUAAUCAGUAGUGUAAGUGAGUGUUAUGCAUGCAUAAAUGUAAUAAUACAAGGUGUUGGAAGGUGCCAAAGCAAACAACCAAAAAGCCACAAAAAUACCACAACAAAAAUCUAUAAAGGUGUCUGCAUGGAGAGAGUCUCCCCAAUGAAUGUGGAAGAGGUCCAUUUAUCCUGGGACACACCCAAGCCCAGGUGUUUCCCAUGUAGCUGACGACCCUCCCAACUCUGCCCACCGGCAUCCUAAUAAGGAAACAAGAGCAAAGAGAGAGAAUACGGCAGACAGAGUGGGAGGGUCGUCACAUGAGUGCACUAUUCUUUACUCAAUCCUAGAGAAUUGAGAUAGUCCAUGCUUUAACCCACAUGCGAUUACCCACUUGCCAUUUCGAAUGGCCUCAUUGUGGCCCAAAUUGAUGUGUGACACUCCUCCGUUCUCCGACCUGCAGGGUGGAAGAUGUGGGCGGGGACAUGCCCUUUGGGAGGGGAGUGGAGCGGAGGAGGGAGCUGGUGAGGUCACAGACGUUGCCGCGCAACCUUGGAGCUCAGGCCCGCCGGUCCAUCUUUGAAAGGCUGGAUCCUGAAGCCAGCAGGUACCACCCUCUCUCCUCCCACCAUCAUCUCUCUUUCUAUCCCAUCCAUCCAUCCCUAAACUGAUAGGUCCUCUCCUUUCCCUCAUAUUAUCCCUCCUUUCUUCUGGGUAAUUCUUAACUCAUACUUCGGUUGCGUCCCAAUUCUCUACCCUUGCACACUCUCUCUCAUGGAUUUAACAAUGGUGGAAAAACACCACCCAACCACAGGGAGUGUGCUUGUGUACACUUCAGGAGAAAGAGAGAGAAUGGGGACACAACCUCUGUCAUGUUUUCUGGCUCAUCUUGUUGACCCCUGUCCCCGCUCCUCUCAGUGGUCCCAAGCCCAUGGACUCCAAGCCCAAGCUGAAGCGUUCUCAGAGCUUUGGUGUGUCCAGUGCCAGCAGCAUCAAGCAGAUUCUUCUGGAGUGGUGCCGCUCCAAAACCAUAGGAUACCAGGUGAGACUGUGGUGACAGAACACAGCUACACACCGGAACAGAGACCUGGGCCGUAUUCACAAAGCACCUCAGAGUAGAGGCUGAUCUAGGAUCAGGUCCCCCAUUAUGAAUACAGCCCUAUAGGAGCCAGUAACAAAGGUCAUGUAUAUGGAACUGUCAUCUGGUCACCUGAAAUGUAUCCACCACACAGAAGCAGUCUUAUGUCAUUUUUGCUAGUUCCUGAACAGGGUAUUAUAAUAACUCCCCUGGUUUCUCCAUGGCUUAAACCAUUAGCACGUAGCAGAGCGUUAAUGUGUUAAUGAGAAGCACCUUACCAUGGUUAUGCUGCAUACUGAACUUAGCGUAUUAUUGUAGUAUAUUGAACGGUUGUGUGUGCAUUUGUGUGUGUGUGUGUGUGUGCGUGCGUGAGUGUUUGAGUUACGGCUCAGUGCUAGGGCUGUUGGCUUCACUCUGCCAUUCACUCUGCAACAGCAGCUGUGCCAGUCUGUCCAUGUGGCUGUGGUUAAACAGAGAGCUGUCACGGGCCAAGGCCGGCCCUACAGAGCAAACGGCACAGGCCAGCUCCUCCUCACACUCAAAUUAGAGACCUGACUGGCGCUCGACAAACAUGACAAGUUGAAUUUUCCCGCUGACACGCUGAGGCUUUUAUAGGCUAGGUGAAGGACACAAAAACCGUGAAAUGACACAGUUCUGGAAGCGUGUCCAAUUGGAGAGAGAGAGGGACGCAGGGAGAGGAAUUGAGGAUAAAGAACCAUUCAGCAUUCCUCUUCUGUUUUCCCCAUUAUGACAGUGGGACCAACAGAGAAACCUGGGAGAGGACAUUUCAUUAAGUUAGAAUGGGUAGCCAAUCAUUUUUAUUGGUCGUUUUCGUAUGUCUGGUUUAUUCUUACGUCUCUUUUACAGUGUCUCCGUAUUCCCUCGCUAAACACGCGCAAAUGCACCACACACACUCAGACAUUUCAGUCCAGACACGCACGCACGCACACACAACCGCACACUCCUAACUCUGUCUCUCCGUCCCCAGAACAUAGACAUCCAGAACUUCUCGUCCAGUUGGAGUGAUGGCAUGGCCUUCUGUGCCCUGGUCCAUUCCUUCUUCCCCACUGUGUUUGACUACAACGUGCUGACGCCUGCUGACCGCAAACACAACUUUGAGCUGGCCUUCGAAACAGCUGAGUAAGUGACUUUUACAUUGUAAUAAGUGUUAUCUAUACAUAUUUCAGAGCAUUAUAGACAUACCCAUGCAUUUCUGUCUUGAAUCAUGUUGGAAUGAUUAAUCCAUUCAUUAUGUAGACUAGAGAAGUAUCUGCCUAUUCAUGUACAUUUCCAAUGUCGCUCUCCUCUUGGUUUGGUGAAGCAAUGAACACUACUAUGAUGUGCUUGUUAUGAAGGCCAACCCAAGUUACCUGCGUAAAUACAUUUAGAGUCACAGUGUCCCUUGGCCACCAUACAAAUAGAAAUGACAUGAAUGGAAUCACUUUCAGAUUCCAUUAAUAGCGUUGAUACAUAAAACAUUGUACCACUGAGAUGAUCUUACAAUGUUUCUGUUGCAUCUUGGUAAAGAGUGUCUGUAGCCCACACGUUAAGCCAGCAAGGCAGCCGCUGCCAGAGAAUACCCUCUCCUCUCCCCAGUCCCCACACGAACCUCCUCUUCUCUUCCCUCUGCUCUGCUUCCAUCCACUCCUCUCACAUUCCUCCAGCCUGACCUCACUACUAACAACGCCACUGCUGCAACACAGCCUCUCAUUAUCCUCCUAACACAUGGAUGCAUACAGAACACAGAAAAAACAUAGAUCAAAAUCAUAUGUGCAUCUAACCAUAUACAGAGAUAGUUCUAACACAUGAGCUUCUGUACAAUACCAUAAAUGAGUCCACAUUGUUCCAUGUGAUCUAUUAGCCUGGUCCCGGCUCUGUUUGUGCUGUCUUGCCAACAACACCGAAUUACCAUAGAUAUGAGUUGGGAAAACAGUUGAAACAGAUCUGGGACCAGGCUAAUGAUCUAUCAGCCCCCUUAACUAAGGAAUGACAUAGAUAGGCAUAGACUCCUCCUGACUUGUGCUGUCCCCUCUGUCUGAUUCAGGGAGAAGGCGGGCUGUGACCGGCUCAUCGAGGUGGAGGAUAUGAUGGUGAUGGGGCGCAAGCCCGACCCCAUGUGUGUCUUUACCUACGUCCAGUCCAUGUACAACCACCUGCGCAAGUUUGAGUGA